UACUAUAUAUUUAAAUGUGUUAUGCAAUGCAACAUAGAGAAAGUAAAGCAUCAUUGCUCCAACACUUCUUUUUCAGAGUGCCAGAGAAAAAGAGUGAAUUUUAAUUUGCAGAUUAAUUAAAAUAAUUCUGACAAAGAGAUAAUGGGGGGACUCAUGCUAAUCAAGAAAAUUGGUCUCUUCUUCCUUCUCAUAUCUGCAUCCCUUUUAUCAACUUCAUUUGCAGGUCGACAGUCGAAGUUUUAUUUGAGCAACCUUGAGCAGGAAGAGCUGGUUACAACUGCGAAUGAGGAGGAGCAAUUACGGCAUGAAAGGCUUCUUAGAAUGAACACAAAGGAUUAUGGGAGAUAUGACCCAACACCUGCUUUAUCCAAACCACCUUUCAAGCUCAUUCCAAAUUAAUCAUGAUGACAUAAUUAGGGUUUGUGGAAACCCUAAUCUGAGUGGAAUAUGAAUGCAUACUAGCUAAGCUAGCUAGUACUACAUAUGUGUUACGUUAAUUAAGUAGUACUAUAUAUGUUUGUACUGUAAGAUAUAUACUAUAGAAUCCUUGUAAGCUAUGCUUAUAUAUUUUGGCAUGAGUACUGGUUGUAGUUUUCUUCGUCUGUAAUAUAUACUUAUCUGUGUAAAAAUAUAUAUAACAAAAAUAAUUUUAUGCA